UGUAGUCGUCGAUAUAUACCGCUCGUCCCCUCCACCCCGAACAGCCAAACACCAACAGGGAAACAACGCGAGAUCGGAACACGUACGAUAGCUGCAAUGGCCGGAGUAGGAACCAGCGAGGUGAAGCUGAUCGCGACGUGGUCGAGCCCGUUCGUCCUGCGAGUGCGGCUCGCGCUUAGCCUCAAGGGCGUGAGUUACGAAUACAUUGAGGAGGACCUCAAGAGCAAGAGCCAACUGCUGCUCGAGUCCAACCCCGUAUACACCAAGGUGCCGGUGCUGAUCCACGACGGCAAGGCCGUCUGCGAGUCGCUCGUCAUCCUGCAGUACAUCGACGAGGCCUUCGCCGGCAUCGGCCCCUCUCUCCUCCCGGAGGAUCCCCAAGUCAACAUUAUCAUGAGUACUUUCCUUGCAUAUCUUCAGUUUACAUUGAGCAACAAUAUCACGAACAUAAAGGUGUUCUGGGAUGGCUUCGAGGUUUUUGAUGUAUGCUCCUUGUAA